AUGGAUAAAAGCACGUUUCAGAUGCAUUUGUCAACUAAAGUCGGACAGAAAUCUGUUCCCGUGGCUGUAACACUGACAGAAGAUGUUCUAACUUGGACUAUACAGACUAAUAAUUCCAAAGUAAACUCAAUAUGUACAGAUGACCUACUAGCUGCGCAUCCAGUCAAAACAGGUAGUGACGUCACAGACAGUAGUUUCAUGGCGUAUAGAUUGUUCUUCAUAGAACACUUCCCGCUCAGAGUGAUGAAGAUGAACUCUGUUGUAUUAUCAAUGUGCCCUUCUGAUGCUUUACACUUCCUUACGAAAAUCAACCGCUUUAUCAACGAUUCAUCGAAACCGAGGCGCCUCCUGGUGUUCAUCAAUCCCAUAAGCGGAAGGAAGAGGGGCACGACUGUCUACCGGAAGCAGAUGUCACCACUAUUUCGAAUUUGCGGUAUUGGAGUGGAUGUUAUAGUCACUAAACGACGUCACCAUGUUUCAUCUGUAUUGGAGAAAUACGACCUCACAUCAAUAGACGGGAUAGUAACAGUUGGAGGUGACGGGUUGUACAGUGAAUGUGUGAACGCCCUCCUUCGAAAAGAACAUCCAAACAGUGACAUAGAAUUGGAUACGCCCACAUCUCCAGUAAGCAACAUACCUGUCGGUAUCAUUCCUGCAGGAACCGGAAAUGUACUGGUGGAGUUUCUCCAUGGCAACAGAGAUAUUGAAACAGCUGUUUUACAUAUUAUUAAAGGCAAAACAUCGCGAUCCAAUGUUGCUGGUCUAUACGAGAACAACAAAUUGAAAAUGUUCGCCGGACUUGUUCUUGGGUUUGGGUUGUGUGGCGAGAUGGUGAAGGACUGUGAGAAGAUGAGAUGGCUGGGCCCAACAAGACACUCUGUAGCUCCCCUCAAGGCGUUCUUCCAAAGACGAACUGUCGAUCUAGAAGUUACCAAACAACAAGAACAAACAACUCUACCAAUAAAGGACAUGAUGGAGAAAAACUGCCGUCUGUCCGGUCCAAUGUAUAGUUUGGAUAUGUGGGUACCAACACUUGUUAACGGCCCACGGAGGAUGACCCCAACAUUUGGGGACACCUCUUUAGCUCUACACGCUGUCAAGAAAUGCAGCUUUGUAGAGCACCUCAGACACUUGCUCAAAGUCAACAGCCGGCAAUCUGGUUGUUUUGGGUAUGAUUUUGUGAAGACAUUAGAGGGAACUGGAUUUGAGGUCCGUCUACAAAGUUCCCAAGGAUCAACACGUAAACAUUAUAUAAAUCACGACGGAGAACACACGCUGUUGACAUCACAAUAUUUUGAUGUCAGAUUACAUCGAGAUGCCAUCAGCCUGUUUGGGACCGUGAGUGAGUGA